CCCUAGUCCUCAGUCCACCCCUCUGCAUUUGAGGAACAGGGUAAGAAGGGGCAGAAGCUUCUGGGCCUGUCCAAGGAGCCGCAGUGUAGAAGGUCCAUGGAAAAGUUUCAGAAGGUGCUGGACCUAUACCAAAAGCACCACAGCGCAUUAGGCUAUGGCCUGGUGACCCUGCUGACAGCGGGCGGGGAGCGCCUCUUCUCCACCGUGGUGUUCUCCUGUCCCUGCAGUGCCACCUGGAACCUGCCCUAUGGCCUGGUGUUUCUACUGGUGCCAGCGCUCGCGCUCUUCCUCCUGGGUUACGUGCUGAGCGCGCGCACGUGGCGCCUGCUCACCGGCUGCUGUGCGCCAGGAGCCCGCAGGGGCUGCGGCGCGGGGCUACGCUGCACCCUGGUGUGCACACAGCUGAGUGCCGCCGCAGCGCUUGCGCCGCUUACCUGGGUAGCUGUCGCUCUGCUGGGGGGCGCCUUCUAUGAGUGCGCGGUCAGCGGGAGCGCGCCGUUUGCGAGGUUCCUGUGCCAGGGCCGCGACCCCAGCUGCGUGGCCCAGCUGCCGCUGGUGCCCUGCAAUCAGGCCAAAGAGUCCGAAGUGCAGAACCUUCUCAAGGAGCUUCGAGCUCAGUCACAGGUGCUGGGCUGGAUUCUGAUAGCAAUUGUUAUUAUCGUCCUUCUGAUUUUUACAUCUCUCUCUCGAUGCCUAUCUCCAGUUAGUUUUCUGCAGCUGAAAUUCUGGAAAAUCUAUUUGGAACAGGAGCAGAAGAUCCUUAAAACUCAAGCUACAGAGCAUGCAACCAUACUGGCAGAAGAGAAUGUUAAAAGUUUCUUCAAGGGUUCAUGUCCAAAGGAACACUACACCCCAGGAAUUAAAGACUGGCAACAGAUUUCAUCACUAUAUACUUUCAACCCCAAGGAGCAGUACUACAGCAUAUUGCACAAAUAUGUUAACAAAAGUGAGAAGAGUCAGAGUAUCAGAUCUGCAGAAGGAGAUGCCUUGUUUCCUGUUUUGGGCUUUGUAGAUUCGUCUGGUAUAAACAUCACUGCGGAGAUAUGACUUUAGUAAUGAAAAGAAAAAAAGUCCUUGGAAAUAUUGCUUCAUUUUUAAAAAUGAACAUUAGUUUUGCUUAUGAGUGCUUUUUUUUUGCCUUCUACAUUUUGAAAACAUACUAUUUUAAUCUGAAAUAAAAAUUUAGAGUUGAA